CCCAGAAUAGACGUAGCACGUGCGUCAGCCGUGAACAACGUGGCCCGCGGCUCGAGCCAACCAGCCGCGGGCAGUUUCGUACUGAAAACCGCGCAACUUUACAACUAAUCCUCACUUACUGAACCGCGUUGUGAUAUCCUGUGACAACCUUUACCUUAGUGUUUUCUAUUUACGCACGUUUCUACUUACGAAAUUUAUUUAUAAACUCGUGUUACAAGUAAAUAUUUAUAUGUACAUGUUUCGCUAUCGUAGUGGCCUUGUUCGUUAUCGCACCGGUGAAAGCUCUACCUGCAAUAGUUGGUGUAACUUUUAGAUUCUAUUUUCAAUGUUAUAGCCGGUCCUUGUGGGUUAUAGUGUGAAGCAAUCAUGUGCCUUAUUGGAUAGUUUUGUUUGUUGUGCGUCGAGUGAUAGUUUUACGCCGUGUGAGUCAUCGCCUGAAAGAUGAAACAUAAAUACCUGUUAAUUAUCACUCUAGUAUUUUUACUAGAACCGAUUCCCGCUUGGCGAUCUGAUACUGUUAAAGAAUGGGCUCGAACGUUAGGCGACGAAAUGUGGCGGCUAAGUGAAUCCCUCACGAAAUCGGAUCAAAUCCGGAUUAAAUAUAAACAAAUGAACGCAAGUGUCAAGAAAAAAGAUGGAAAGCAAAUAUUAGAAUCAUCUCUGCAAUCCGUGAGCACAAUGUUGAUGAGGAAAAUUAAUGCUGUUAAGUGUAUUCAUGCGACCGCUGAACGCUUAGCUUACGACUUCAAUUUCACUGAAGUGAAGAACGACUCCUAUAGCUACUGCUCUGCAAAAUAUUCCGAUUUUAUGUACGAAGAUGGGUCUCAGCUGGAUCGUCUAGAUGAAGGCCCUGAAUUUGCAAAGAAUAAAUCACAUUUCAUGAACAUGACUCUCGAAAAGGAUUCGCAUUUCUAUGAUAUUAGUGUUAAUACUAAUAUGAGUUGUAUUCAUGUACCCACCAAUAUCUAUUAUAAAGAAAAGGAUGCCCUUAACGCUAUUCUCUGGUCGAAGUCGCUUAACGAAAUAUUUAUUAAGAACUACAAUUCCGAUCCAUCAUUAGUUUGGCAAUACUUUGGUAGCUCUCACGGCAUACUGCGUUUCUACCCGGGAAUGCCCUGGAAUAUGAAAGAAGUGGAUACAUACGAUUGUCGUGUCAAAUCUUGGUAUAUAGAAGCUGCAACAUGUUCCAAAGAUGUUAUUAUUUUAUUCGAUGUGUCCGGCUCGAUGACAGGUUUCAAGAAUUAUGUUGCUAGAAGAACAUUGGAGUCCUUACUGGCUACGUUAUCAAACAACGAUUAUGUCAAUGUAUAUACCUUUAAGGCGAACACUUCAGAAGUAGUGUCAUGUUUCGUGGGCCUAGUUCAAGCUACGCCGGAAAAUUUAUCAACGAUAAGUGAUACACUAGAGCCUACGGACAACGGCAAAAAACACAAAGUGCCCUUGGAAGGAAACGCGAACCUCACUGAAGCGUAUAUAAGGGCUUUUACGACAUUAAAAGAGAGGCGGCAACACUGCAACGUAAGCAAUUCCCAAGGAUGCAAUCAGCUGGUAAUGUUGAUUACCGACUAUGUCCCCGGCAAUCUGACCGAGGUGUUCGAGGAGUACAACAGGGAGGUAGUGGGAGGUAAAACCUACAUACCGGUCCGAGUGUUUACUUACCUUAUUGGGAAGGAGGUCACCAACGUACGGGAAAUCCAGUGGAUGGCUUGUUUGAAUCGAGGAUUCUUCGUCCACAUUCACUCGGUGGAAGAGGUACAGCAGCAAGUCUUGAAGUACAUCAACGUGAUAGCCCGGCCGAUGAUCCUCGCGGGGGACGAGCCGCCACCCACCUGGACCCAUGCCAAUAUCGACUACACGAGAACGGUCAAAUGGGAUGUGAGCCGGGAUGUAUCAACGCCUGAUGAAGAUAAAUUGGUGACGUCAGUAGCGAUUCCUGCCUUCGACUACAAUUAUAACGAACACCACAAUGACGCCAGACUGCUCGGAGUGGCCGGUACCGACGUGCCCAUUGACAGCAUAGCUAAGUUGGCCCAACCACAUCAGCUUGGCGUCAAUGGAUAUUCGUUCAUAGUGAGCAAUAAUGGAUACCUCUUGUUACAUCCUCUUUUGAUAACCACGAUAAACGGCGAACUACAAGAAAAUUACAAUAGCGUAGAUUUCGUAGAAGUCGAACAAGUGGACGAUGGUAAAGGUCCACGAGAGCUUGGAGAUCAGAUCAAGGAACUAAGAGUCAAUCUAGUCGAUGGAACGGAUGGCAACAUGACUAAUGUUAAAGUUUUGUUCCAUUAUGAUAACAUGAGGAGAAUAGCCCGAGUGAAACACGAUUAUUUCUUCAAUAAAUUGGAAGGGACGCCCUUCUCAAUGGGUAUUUCGCUACCUAUGGGCUACGGGGACACCGAAUUGAUGUUGAAGGAUAAUCCGCUGGAAGCGAAACAGGGACAGGAGCUUAUAGGAGUCAAUGUUACCAGUUAUUUUAAUUUCACGUAUCGAGUUCACCCUGAUUGGGUAUAUUGCAAAUAUCAUUAUUUGGAAGGCCACGAGUCAGAGAACGCUGAGGUAGAAAUUUUUAAAUUUCUUGUCAAUCUUUCAAAGAAUAAAAUUGAUAUUACGAAGAAGCAAUACGGUGAAGAAUCACAGGAUAUUCCCUUCAGCGUUGAAACGCACUGCGGCACAACACCGCUUGGCAAAGACGAUUAUUACUGCAACGAAGAUCUAGUUAAACAACUUGUGUUCGACGCAAAACUGUCGACCCCAUACUUCAGAGACUGGCAAGCGACUGCCGAGGAACGGGAGCUAGCUCGCAAGUACAGCGUCAGUGUAAGAUUUAUAGCGACAUCUAGUGGUCUGACGCGGUGGCAUUAUAUCUUUGAUGAUGAAAAGAAUGAGAAGGUCAAUGAACAAGGGAUUAGGGAAAAGGAUUACGCGGGAAAAGUAUUUGGAGACCAAUAUCACAAUGCAAUUGAAGAAACAUGGUACAAAGCAGCGGUACUCCAACAUAUGAUCAGCAAGGAAUCAUUAGUAAUCGCUACACCAUUACCUAUUCUGGAUACCACCAUUUCUUCUAGACCCUCUAUUAGAAACGAAGAAAACGAUAUUACAAUAACUGCUAGUUAUGCCAUUUUUUAUAAAGAUGGCAAUUCGGAAACGCCAGCUGGUGUAGUUGGCUUUCAAUUUUUGUAUUCGAAUUUCUAUGAAAUAUUCCAGAAUAUUACGAAUAAGGAUGGGGAUGAACUAGCAUGUGACAACGACGGAAAUUACGACUGCUAUCUCAUCGACAGCUCCGGCUACAUAGUUGUACUUGUAGAAGAGACUGACUCUAAACAUAAUGUUGGAGAUUUCUUUGGGCUCGUCAACCCUUACGUGCUACAGUCGUUUAUUGAAAAGAACAUAUUUGAGUACGUUGAAGUGUUUAAUUAUCAAGCACUGUGCCCGCUGUCGGCGCUGAGCGUGCAGAACAGUGCGUGGUCGUUUGAUUCAGUAUUUGGUGUCAUAUCGAGUUUAAUCAAAUGGUUGUUCACUGAAGCCUUCUUAAUUAUUUUUGACUUCGGAAAUUGGAAAGAUAGUGUAUAUGCAGCCACUAUGGAACCAUUCGUUAGCGAUAGCGAAGAAACAACUACCGCGUAUCCAGAGAUAAAAGAAAACAAAACAAUAUCACCCGCUGAAGACAACCACUUCUUUUCCUGCGACCACAGCAUCAAGUUGUACAUUCUGAACCAAUCCUACUUCCUCAACUCCAUGAUACUAUCCCCAGUAGUGUAUGAAGAGGAAGCCGGUGAUUGUACUCCGCCAUAUUGGGCGACUUUAGUUCCAAAGACCAAUUUGCUCUUGGUUGUGGUAGAACGUGGUCCGUUUAGGUUCGACAGCAAUUGUACGAUACCACCGAAUACUAUCCCGAUAGCAACGCGGGAUUCCACUACUAGCAGAGAGCCCUGCCAUAAGCUGGAUUUGGGGAGGCUGCCUCGGCGAAGACUUGAGGGUUGCUAUACUUAUCAUGAUAAGGAAAGAAACAUAACUGCCUGCGGAAUGGGCAGCCUAGCGAAGGCAAAUACGAUUCUCCUCGUAGCGAUUGCACUGAUGUCCUUACUACGCUCAAAUAAUAUCACGUGAUAUAAAACAUCGACUAAUCGGUACUAAAUAUAUUUUGUACCUUUCUUAUUUUCACAAUAAAACAUAUUUAUUGCAA